UGCCGUGACUUCGCUGAUUCAUAACUGUCGUCCGACUCUAUUCGGUUCGACCAAGCUUCGUGUGCGGCAGCGGUCACAGUCGGUGACCCUUUGCAUUUCAUAGGAGCCGCCGGGUUCGUUUAACCGAUGUCUUCUCCUCAUCUGAAGGCCAUUGUUUUCGAUAUUGGCGGAGUCGUCUGCCAUAGCCCGUUCAUAGCAAUCGCUGAGUAUGAGUCGGAGAAAGGCCUGCCUAAGGAUUAUCUGAAUGUCUCGAUAACUUCCCGAGGUGCUGGUGGUGCCUGGCAGAAGUUCGAACGUGGAGAGCUAUCGCUCUUCUCAUUUUACAAAGAUUUUGGACGUGACCUGUCAGACACGAGAAAUGGCAACAAAUGGUACACGGAAUAUUGUGCUCGCAAAAAUAUAGGGUGCCCCACUUUACCUGCGAUGCUUGAUAUUGACGGCCGUGAGCUUUUUGGUAGGAUGAUGCGACAAGCUACAACUUUUGAUGACCACAUCCUGCGAGCCAUUCACCGUAUAAGAGCGACCGGAAAAUGGCUUAUCAUCGCACUUACUAAUAAUUUCUCGAAGCAAACCACGAACCAUCCUUCCGAGUCUUCGACACCCCUGACUGCAGGCCAACAACCCCCUAUGCGAGUUCCCGACUCGGAGUUGCGGUUCUUGGGAUUGGAAGAUGGGGCAAAGUUUCAUCUCCGCGCGUUAUUCGACGACUUCUGUGAUUCCAGCGAGUUAGGCAUGCGGAAACCAGAUCCCGAGUUUUAUCUCCUUGCAUGUCGCCGAAAUGGCAUUCGCCCCGGAGAAGCCGUCUUCCUUGAUGAUAUAGGAAUGAACUUGAAGGCCGCUCGAGUUCUUGGCAUGGAGACUAUUCAUGUCCCGAUAGGUGGCACUCUUAAUGCAGUCAAACAGUUGGAAGGGAAAUUAGGCAUCGACCUUACUAGUGACCUUGACCAUGACAACAACACAACAUCUGCUAAACUUUGAAAGUCAUAGCUGCA